AAAUAUUCCCAUCCCUCUACGAACGACACAUCGACUUAUAGAGAGAGAGGGGCCUGCGUGUGCUCAUCAGAAUCUGCUAGAACCAUCUGGCUACGCAGUAAUUUGCAAGCAUAUUCCACUUAGAAAACCGAUAAUCGCAAGGGAAAAAACUCUGCCCCGGAUUUCUCAUGUAUAAACCAAGACCUCAAGGUAAAGUUCAAGAUGAUGCCGUGGACUCUUCAAAAUCGGACAUGAUGGAGGCUGAAUUUGCGUCUAGCAGAGCCGGCGACGGCGAUGCUGUCCGGGAAUUACUCACAUUGGCUCGUCAAUUCAUCAAUCAACGAAACCCUUCCCAAGCCCUCCAAGCGGUUGUAACGGCAAUGAGAACCCAAGGUGGAGAUGCAGCAGUCUUUCAAUCUUUGCACCGUGCCCGCGAGUUGUACCGAACUCGAUUACAGGAGAGUGCUGAUGUUGAUCAGCUAGCUUCUUUGUUUGCAGAGUGUGCUAUAGCUGAAGCCCAGCCUCUGAACCCCGAGCCUCCAGAAAGUAACAUUUCUGGCCCGUCAGUUAUGGAUGCUCAUGGAAAUUCUAUACUGGCGGAAACUGGUAGGAUGCAGAUUGUUAUGGAUGCAUUCUCAGAUGGGAGCAGUUUUAUUUGUUUGCGAUGUGGUGGUCUUGUUAGUAACCAUCGCAAGGAUGAGCAUUAUGCAUAUUGGUGUGCCCAGAUUUAAUUUGUAGUUGAGAAUAAAUGCUCACUCUUCAGUCAAAAUCCCCAAAAACUUGUAUUUGUGUCUUUGUUCUGUACAUGGCACAGCUGCUUUUAUGUUGGCAACACCGCCAAUUGUUGUUAGUGGGUCCUCCCUUGGGUAGCUGGCAACAUCUUCCUCUGUACAAGAGAGAAAUAUAAAGUAUUAAUAUGAUCAAUAUGGUGUGCCAAGAUCAUUUUGAUGCAUCAAUUUUCUUUCUGAAGGGACAAUGAGCAGUCCCUCCCCAUGUCUGGGCAGAAAUGCAUGUAUUGUGAUAACAGUGAUUUUCAUUCUUGUUUUUGUAUUAACUUAUCAUUUUUUAGGCUUGCGCAUUUCUGCAGAUAACACGGUCUGGUGAAUGGUAGUUGCCAUA